CAUCACUGUAUUCUGGUAUAGCUGCUGAAGAAAGAAUAUCCCUGAGUUUGCUCUGCUCUACAUUUAUCUCUGGUGCGGGAGAAGUUUCUCAUAAUGAACUUUCUAAUCUCAUUGUGUGUGUUUCUGCUGCUGCUGAUUAAUGGUGGAAUAAUCAAUGGACAAACACCAGGCCAGCUACAAACUAGUGCAGCACCACAGACAGGCCAGCUACAAACUAGUGCAGCACCACAGACAGCAGCGACAUUGAACAAGACUGCCUCACAACAUGGAGUUAAAGCUGUUAAGUUGGUGAAUGGAUCCAACGUCUGUUCUGGAAGAGUGGAGGUUCUCCACAAUGGAAUAUGGGGAACAGUGUGUGAUGAUUACUGGGAUUCUACAGAUGCGGCAGUGGUGUGUAGAGAACUGGGCUGUGGGAGUGUUAUAGAAGCAAAGAGUAAUGCUUAUUUUGGACAAGGUUCUGGACAAAUAUGGUUGGAUGAUGUCCAGUGCCGUGGAAAUGAAUCUACACUGAAAAAUUGUUCAUCAAGAGGAUGGGGAGUACAUAACUGUGGGCACCAUGAAGAUGCUGGAGUCAUCUGCCAAGUUGCUGUCAAGUUGGUGAAUGGACCCAACCUCUGUUCUGGAAGAGUGGAGGUUCUCCACGAUGGAAUAUGGGGAACAGUGUGUGACGAUCUGUGGGAUUCUACAGAUGCGGCAGUGGUGUGUAGAGAACUGGGCUGUGGGAGUGUUAUAGAGGCAAAGGGUUCUGCUUAUUUUGGACAAGGUUCUGGACAAAUAUGGUUGGAUGAUGUCAAGUGUCAUGGGAAUGAAUCUUCACUGAAAGACUGUUCAUCAAGAGGAUGGGGAAUACAUAACUGUAGGCACAGUGAAGAUGCUGGAGUCAUCUGCCAAGAUGUGAGUGACCCCUGUUCUGAGCUCAACUGCACUAAGGAUGAACUGUGUGGAGAGAAAAACGGCAUUUACGGCUGUUUCUGUAACAAGAGCCAUCAAAGACCUGACCCAGACUUUUUUGAUUUUUCUGAGGUUUGUGAAAGCAGCUCUGGUUCCAUGUCCCUGUCUCGCUGUCUGCUCUUUGAGGCUGGUUUUCCUGCUGACAACUUACACCUCAAUGACCCCAGCUGCAAAGGAACAGUCCGGAAUGGCAGAGUGGAGUUCUAUUUUGACAACAAUGACCACAUCCUGUGGUACAAAACCUUGUGGUAG